CGGCGUGCGCGGAGUGAUCUGGAGCACGGACUACACCCAAGGCGCUGUCUCGCUUCACAUCGGCUUUUCUUCCCUCAGCCCCCCAAAAAGCAGAUCGCGGCAGCACGCAGCUAGGCGCUUUUUGGAGAGGCGAGGCUCGAAUCGGCGUCUUUAAACCUUCUUUAACCUUCAAUCCAUCCAAAGAGUCUCAGUAAAGCUCCGUAAUAUCUCUUUGUUUACAAAUUGCAGCAAACAUGUCUUGGCAAAGCUACGUGGAUAACCUGAUGGCCGACGGCAGCUGCCAGGAUGCCGCCAUUGUCGGCUACUCGGACGCUAAAUACGUCUGGGCAUCGUCAGAAGGGGGCACUUUUAGCGGUAUAACGGCCGACGAAAUCGAUGUUAUAGUCGGCAAGGACCGGGAGGGAUUCUUUACCAAUGGGCUGACCCUAGGGAAAAAGAAGUGCUCUGUGAUCAGAGACAGCCUGCAGGCUGAUGGCGACUGGACUAUGGACAUCAGGACGAAGAGUCAAGGUGGAGAGCCGACAUACAACGUUUCCAUAGGCAGAGCUGGCAAAGUAUUGGUUUUAGUCAUGGGAAAAGAAGGUAUCCACGGAGGACAGCUCAACAAGAAAGCAUUUACCAUGGCUGAUUACCUGAGGAGAGCUGGAUACUGAAGCAGCCCCCUAUCCAUCCACACAGCAGCUCACUGUAACAUCCUACCAUCCCUUUAUCCCUCCUUGUUUUCUUUUUUUUUUUUUUUCUUCUGCCUUCACAGCACUACAGAUACUUAGUGGAUGCAUCAUCGUCUAUCCGUUCCCUUUAUUUUUUAUUUUUUAUUUUAAACGUACACUAUUUCUCCUUCCUUUUUAUUUAGCAUAUCUAUCCCAUUCCCAUUUCCCUCAUCCUUCCAUAUUAGUGCCACAAAAAAAGCAUGUUCAUUUUACGAAGGCUUAAAACAAAAACACAGUACUGUACAUACAUAAAGCAUUUAAAACGAUAAUCGGGCUUUUCAAAUUUUGCAUAAACGAAUAGUCACUGUCCAGUUUUCCUGAGGCGCUUAUCUAGAGGUCCGUCGAUGCCGCUCGAGUGCUUUGAGCCUUGCUGAGCUGUCGGUCUUCCCCUAGCGACUUCUUUUUUCUUUCCAGCAUGGCAAGGAUGGUUUAAAAAAUGCAUGCAUAUCUCUUUUUAGCUCAAGAUCAUUAAACGACUAACUACCAUAUACACUACCGGUGUCGUCCAAAAAAAAAAAAAACGCUAAUAAAAUGAUCAAUUGAACCUCACUACAUAAUUCUUGCCCUUAUACCUGUGACCCAUUUUAUUCAAAUACAACAUCCAAUGCUUUUACUGUUGUAUCUGGAUGUGGUGUUGUGAGUCCUUGAUGUAAUGUUGGACUUUUUUUUUUUCUUUUCUUUUCUUUUCUUUUUGAAUGUGAUGGCAGAUCAGCAUUUACAUCUAGCUUUAAAACAAAAAUCCCUUCUGGACUCUUAAGGACAUUCCACCGCUAAUAUAGCCACAUAGCAACUUAUUUACCAGCUAGUGAUUUUGAUUUAUUGUUCUCUUUUGCUUUUUUUUUUUUUUUUUUUUUUUUUUUAAAGCACUGCCCUUCUGAUGUAACUCUGGUUUGGUGUCCAGUCAUUAUAGAUAUAUAUAUAUAUAUUUUUUUUUCUCCAGUAGGACCAAUUUUCUUUCCUGCAUUUUGGAGGAUUAACAGAUUAUGGAAGGACUGACUGCUAGCUUCAUCUGUUCGUAGAACACUAAAUGAAACAUUUCAAAUGCACAGUUUUAACGCUAACCUCUUGACGAUUCACUAGUUAACGGACGCUAUCCGUGUCCUGGGGAGGGAUUACCAAGCUCUAAUCUAAUGUUAACUACCCUGUAUUCUUUUCUUCCUUACGAUGAACGUCUCGAAUAGAUGAAACGGCAGUCUUAUCGUUGACCUUAAAUCCUUUAACCCCUUUUUUUUUGUCUGUUAAUCCUGUCAUGUUUUCAAAUGACUAACGUCAUUUGUGCUUCAUUCGACUGCGAUGUAUCAACUUGUCAUAGCACGGUACAAAUAUUUCAUCAAAUAGGCAAAAAAAAAAAAAAACACAAAGAAGUAACUGUGUACACUAAAUUUUCAUGGGUUAUGGUGGUAAUAGUUAAAGAAGAAAAAAGACCACUAGUCAGUUGUAUUGUUAACUUUAAUCAAAAAGAAAAAAAAAAAAAAAAAGCAGUGUAUCCUGUGCCAUAAUGUAGAUCUGAUCUGUUGCUACUGUGAGAUGGAUUUUAAAACCGCUGCCUUGUAAGGAGUCGAUUUGCGAAUGGCACCUUCUUUGGGAUAUCUGACAAAAGUUUUCAAACUCUCCAGGGCUUGUGGAAUAUGUACAGAUUAAAGUGAAACAUGUCAACAAAUCCAUGUUCAUUUCUCUCCUUUCUUUCAUUGCACCCGAUUUAUGACCUUCAAAUCCUGACCAGCCGAUAUAUCUAUACAACCCUAAAUUUUUGUGUGGAAAAUGCCAUGAAUUAACCACCUUGUUUACAGACAGAUCAAAUAAAUCUAUUUCAACCAGAA